AUGCCCGCCCGUACAGCCAACCGGUCUGGCCGGACCUCGGCCAACAGACAAGCCAAUACGACAGUCACCUCAAGGUCUUCGAUGGCCUCUAGUGUUUCGCCUGAUACCGUGGAAAUUGUCGAUACUCCCGACAAUGCGCUGCGUCCCCGAAUUUGUGCCAUAUUCCGCGAUGCUCAGCGAACUACUGCGACGCACCGAAAACUGGUCGUUAACUUGCGCAAGAUCCAUGAGGCUUGUUGCUAUGAGCCAGAAAGCGAAAAGAAUGCAGCCCCCGAAGACUAUGAUGAGGAAACAUUCAACUACGAGUUUAUCAGAUGUGUUCUUCGGGUAAUGCCCGUCAAGAAAUCCGAGAGCGUUGGUGAUAAAAUCCUGAGAUUUGUCGGAUUCUUCUUGCGCUUGGCUGGGGACAAGGACGCCGAAAUUGCUGGAAAUGACGAGCAAGAUCUUAGCAUCUUGCCUGAUAACCCAACGACACGCCUGACUUCACAGCUGUUAGAAACUGCAAUGAGAUUAAUGGCAUCAAAGGACAAAGUUGUUCGAUUCCGCUCAACGCAGUUCGUGUCGCACAUUAUCUCCACCGUGGAAGCUAUUGAUGACGGCCUAUUUCAAAACGUCCGAGAUACCUUGGUCAGGCGCAUUCGAGAUAAGGAGGGUAUAGUCCGUAAUCAGGCGGUUCUGGGAUUGUGCCGCCUUACGGAGCAACCAGGUGAAGAAGACCAGGACUCUGAAGGUCAGGAGGACCAGGCUACGCUCCUUCACAAGCUGUUGGAGGUCUUGCAGAAUGACCCCAGCGCAGAUGUGAGGAAAACACUUCUGACUAACCUCCCUCUUCUCUCUGCCUCACUCCCCCAUCUUCUCGAACGAGCUAGAGAUCAGGAUCCCGGCACUAGGAGAGCUGUCUAUGCUCGCCUGUUGCCUGCUCUUGGUGAUUUCCGCCACCUCUCUUUGACUAUGCGCGAAAAGCUACUCCGAUGGGGGUUACGCGACCGAGAUGAAACUGUCCGGAAAGCUGCUGGGCGGCUAUUCCGAGAUCGUUGGAUUGAGGAUUGUUGCCAUCUUCCUUCAGCAGAAGGAGAAGCCACAGUGAUUGAACCUGGACAGGUCAACUUCGAGGCACUACUCGAAUUGCUGGAGAGGAUCGAUGUAACCGCCUGCGGUGGAGAGAAUGGAGUGGCUUUGGAGGCUAUGAGAGGCUUCUGGGAGGGCCGCCCCGAUUACCGAGACGCUGUUGUUCUUGAUGAUCAUUUCUGGGAGACUCUUUCUUCCGAGUCGGCUUUCCUGGCACGAACAUUCAAUGACUUUUGCCUCAACGAGGGCAAUGGAAAGUAUGAGUGGAUCGUAGAAGAAAAGUUCCCGGAAGUGACCAAGCUGGCCUUUUACCUUGAGCGAUACCUCAAGGUUCUUGAUGAGGCGGUUAAGAGGGUUGCUGAGCUCAAGAGACUUCGAGAGGAACAGGGACUGGAAGACGAAGAAGAUGAAGAAGAAGAAGACACAACCGAGCAGGAGUUUAUCGUCGAGCAGAUACUUCAUAUUUGCCUGACACUUGACUACUCGGAUGAGGUUGGGCGUAGAAAGAUGUUUACUCUUUUGCGUCAAUCACUCUCUGUCGAGGACGUGCCAGAGCCAGUGACAAAGCUCACAAUUGAAGUUUUGCAGCACAUAUGCUCCCCAGAUGCUGCAGGAGAGCGCGAAUUUUGCAGCGUGGUCCUAGAGGCUGUCGCCGACGUCCAUGAUACUAUUGUCGAUGACCAAGAAGCGGAUGACGCAUCAGACAGUUUCCAUUCGGCUAGAUCGGAGAUAUCUGGUGACACGACUCCAACCAGAGAAGCUAGGCGCAGAGCAACAUCGGAGUUAAGUGAGGGGGAGGCUCAUAAACGGGCCGUUAAGGAGAUGCUCGUCAACAUGAAGUGUCUACACAUUGUGCAGUGCAUGUUGACCCAUGUUGCUGGCAACCUGAAGGAUAGUUCAGAACUGGUUGCAAUGCUUAACAACUUGGUUGUCCCAGCUGUUCGAAGUCACGAGGCCCCCGUGCGAGAAAGAGGGCUGGUGUGCCUAGGGCUCUGCGCAUUGCUUGACAGAUCUCUUGCUGAGGAAAAUUUGGGACUGUUCAUCCAUUUCUUCAGUAAAGGUCACCCUGCUCUGCAGAUAACGGCCUUGCAUAUUUUGACAGAUAUUCUCAACGUCCAUGGCGCACAGCUUCUCUCGGCUAGCCCAGUGCUCCUGAAGGUGUAUCUGAAAGCCGUCAAAGGCGCAUCCAAAUCUUCAGAAGUGCAAGCGGCUGCCACUAUUGCUGCCACCAAACUCCUCCUUGGCCGCGUGAUCAGCGACGAGGGAGCUUCUCAUGACCUACUGAAAGUGCUUGUCGUUGCAUACUUCGACCCAUCGUCGGCCCAUAACCAAACGGUUAGGCAGGCACUGAACUAUUUCCUACCCGUCUUUUGCUACUCGCGUCCAGAGAACCAAGAUCUCAUGCGGGCGGUGGCAUUGGACGCACUCCAUGCCCUUCUCAAUGUGCGGGAAGGGCUGGACGAUGACGACGAUGUUGACGUUGACGAAGACAUGGUGAGCCUGACAACAAUCGGCGCUUGCCUAGUAGAUUGGACAGACCCUAGGAAAUGCUACAGCCCCGAUGCAGUCUACGAUUCAGAGAGGAAGAACGUCAAUGGUGAUGUGCAUCUAGACUUUGCCCAAGAUAUUCUUGAGAAGCUUCGCGGCAAUAUCAGCAGGGAAGAGAAGAAACUCGCUGCUGGCCUCCUGGCAAAACUUUACAUCUCGCCUAGCUCGUCAGAGGAUAGGCUACGUGAGACAUACGCCGAUGUCAGCGAUGCUGUCGAGAAUGGCCUUUUGACAGAUGCCACAAGCCGAAACUCACUCUACAAGAUUCAUGUCAGCCUUGGAAAAAUUGUCAAUGCGCUGGAUGAGCGCCAGCCAACUGAGCGCUCAAGCCGCCGCGUUUCAGGCACAAACGAGCCCGAGGACAAGUCAAGCAUGGGGGAUAAGUCUACGGAGGCGGAUGAGACCAAGAUUGAGGAACAGAAAGAUGAGGACGAACCCGAAGCGACUGUUGUGGGAGCUAAGGGGGAACCUCAAGAUGGGUCGUUGUUGGAUGAGCUUUUGUCUGAUGAUGGCGAAUCAAUGACUGUGACGGUGGGCCGUUGA